AUGUUAAAAUUCAUCGUGCAUGUUUGGAUUUUAUGGUGGCUUUUCAAAGGCGUUUUCUCUGAAGGCGAUAUCACCACCGGAUGUGAACAGGAGCCAUGCAAAAACAGUGGUGUGUGUGAAAGUCACCUUGGCGGUGGUUUCACAUGUCUUUGCUCCCAACAGACCCAACAUGGCCGUCUAUACGGCGGGCAGACCUGCAUUGUUCCCCUUUCAGGUUGCGAUGACAACCAAUGCGAAAACGAUGGAAUAUGCUCGCCCUUACUCGUACAUGGCAAACACACGUACUCAUGCAUCUGCGCUGCCGGUUUCUCGGGCUCCAAAUGUCAGACCUCCACGUUUUUUUCAUUUGAGAGUCAAGGUUACAUGUACAUAGAGACUCAUCUGGUUGACCCAGAAGCCCCUCUGAAUGUUACACUCAGCUUUCGGACGGAAAGACUCGUUGGGACUCUGUUGCAACGCAGAGUGGCUGGCCUCCUUCUUAGCGUUGAGCUAACGGAUGGACAUCUGUGCCUCCGCAGUCUGAAGAACCGAGGAUCAAGCGUAUUGGUUCAGCAGCUACCAGAAUUUAUUUCCAACAACAAAUGGCACACACUGGAGGCAUCACUUGGUGGAGUGGUCAGUUUGAUCCGCCUCCUCUGUACUGAAGGAAACUGUUCCAGGGAAAGCAAAACGGAGGUCCAAGUUCUCAAGGCAGCCUCCACUCUCCCUCAACCCGGGACAGUACAUCAAAGCCUCUUCAUAGGAGCAGCUCCAGAUUACAAAACAGAACCCCCGCAUGCUUUUCUGGGUUGCUUAAGAGAUGUGCUCGUGGACUCCCAUCUUGUCGUGCCAGUUAUGCUGGCGAAGGUUUCCGACGCUCAAGUAAACGUGACAACAGGGUGCAACGAUAACGACAAAUGCAACGACGGACCGUGCCAGAACCGAGGCCAUUGCGUGAGCCAGGGCUGGAGGAGUUACCUGUGUGAGUGUCACAGACCCUACGAGGGCAGGAACUGUGCAGAUGAGUACAUCACUGCACGGUUUGGGAGCAAACACUUGGAAAGUUAUGCCGUCUUCUCAAUAGACGAUGACCCCGGAGAGACUUUGACUGUGUCAAUGUUCGUUCGAACCAGGCAGCCCAGAGGCCUCCUCUUGAUCCUAGCCAACAGCACCAGUCAAUACCUUCGACUCUGGCUGAAUCAGGGCAGAGUCAAAAUUCAAGUCAAUAACUUUGAGACUUUGCUUGGACAAAGUGUGAUCAGUGACGGCCAUUUUCAUCUGGUGACUGUGCAUAUGGAUGGUCUAGAGGCAACCAUGAUCCAGUCGGCCCAGGUUCAAGGUUCUCGACCCAUAAGACAUAUCUGGGCCAAUCGAGGGGACCAGGUCUUUGUGGGUGGACUGGCGGACCCGAGGGCCUCAGCCACAUUUGGAGGCUACUUUAGAGGAUGUAUCCAGGAUCUGAGGAUGAACAAUAAGCGACUUCAAUUCUAUCCCAUGACAACUGCUGUGGAAUCUUAUAAAUUGGAGCAGCUGACAAGUGUUGCGCCAGGAUGCAGCAGUGACAACGCCUGUAUGGUUAACCCCUGUCUCAAUGGUGGAGUGUGUUACUCUAUGUGGGAUGACUUCACCUGUAACUGCCCGCCCAACACGGCAGGACAGCGCUGUGAGGAGGUGAAAUGGUGUGAGCUGUCUCCCUGUCCCACCUCUACUGUAUGCCAUCAGAGCUCACGGGGCUUUGAGUGUCUUUCAAAUGUAACAAUUCGUCCAGAAAGUGGAAUUUUGCACUACCGGAAUAAUGGGAAGAACAACCAUUCCGUCAGCCCCACCAGUGUCUCUUUCAGUUUCCGCACAAGACAGACCACUGCUACUAUUUUGCAUGCACAAAGGGGCUCCAAAUAUAUCACGGUCUCCCUUCAGGACUCCCGAGUGGUUGUGGAGCACCAUGCUGGAGUGGACCAGAACAAUUCCGUUGGGCACAGUGAGAGUCCAGUCAGUGAUGGAGAGUGGCACUAUGUGACGCUCAGCAAGGAUACUGGAUUAUCGAAGUGGAUCAUAAAUGUGAAUGGAAGUAGAACAGAACUGUCCAAGUUAGGUGUUGAGGAUUUGGAUUUUCUUUCACAAGGAGCUGACAUUUUCCUAGGUGGUCUGAGCUUGGACUCCACAGUGAGUUUCUCUGGAUGUUUAGGUCCUGUAGAAAUCGGAGGCCAUCUUCUUCCUUUCCACUUGGACACAGACUUGAAACUUCUCAGGCCUCAGGAAGAGAGGUUUUCACAGUUAAACGUCAACGCCCAUCCACACUACGGCUGCUGGGGGGCGAGCGUAUGCGCGUCCAACCCUUGUCAGAACCAGGGUUCAUGUGAGGAUCUGUUCGACCUGCAUCGCUGCAAUUGUCCCUGGACGUGGAGCGGUCCGUCGUGCCAAGAACCGAGCGACCGGUGCACGAAUGAGCCGUGCGCUCACGGAAACUGUAGCAACGUUCCUGGGGGAUAUCGGUGUGUGUGUGAGCAAGGGUACAAGGGGCCACUGUGUGAGAUGGAGCUGGAUAUUUGUGAGACCAGCAAUUGCAGCAACGGUGCGACGUGCCUCAGAGGAGUCCAGAACUACUCAUGUCUCUGCCCCCAGAACCUGACGGGCCAAUAUUGCAAUGUGAAUAUUCCAGAGAUUCCAUGGUACAUCCAGACAAAGCCUCUUCCUCUUCUGCCUGCGACAAAAUGUAGCGGUACAAGAUGGCACUUCAGCUGCUAUAAUGGAGGGAAUUGCUCGAUAGAAGACAACAAUUGUCUCUGUCUACCGGGCUUCUCAGGACAAUGGUGCGAGAAGGACAUGGACGAGUGUGCCUCGGACCCGUGUCUGAACGGUGGCUUCUGUCUCAACUACAUUAAUAGAUUUGAGUGUGUUUGCGAUUUGAAUUACUCGGGUAUCUAUUGCCAAAUAGAUAUCAGUGACUUUUACAUAUACGUCUUCCUGGGCCUGUGGCAGAACCUGUUCCAGCUGGUGUCCUACCUCAUCAUACGCCUGGACGACGAGCCCGAAGUUGAGUGGGACUUCCAGUUUAACGAUUAG